CCCGACGGGGAUUCCGUAGUUAACAUUAUAAGCUACAUUGCUACCUGAGAGAGAGGCAGGUGUCAGCAGACUUCCGGCGAAAACUGUGGCAAUAAUUUGACAAACCAAAAUAAGCAAUGCUUAUUUUACUGCUAUGUUUUAGCUAACUUUGUGCCGCACUCUGACGGUCAUUCUGGGUACAUCCGCUCCCCUAGCAGGCUAAUUUGAGCCAGCUAGCGAGCGAGCAAGCUAACGACUACGUCAGAGAAAAAAGGACAAGAAACUAAGUGGUUAGAAGGAAUAAGGUUGAGCUGUUGACAGUGCCUGUCAAGUUAAAUACCAGAAUGAAUGUCGCUAAAAGUGCUUAUCGAGUAUUUUCUGCAAACUCCUCUGCAGCAUGCACAGAAUUAGCCAAGAAAAUAACAGAGCGUCUGGGUGUGGAGCUGGGGAAGUCUGUGGUCUUCCAGGAGUCUAACAGAGAGACUCGAGUGGAUGUAAAAGAAUCUGUUCGUGGACAGACCAUCUUCAUUAUCCAGACCAUCCCACGGGAUGUGAACACAGCCAUCAUGGAGCUGCUUGUCAUGGCUUAUGCCCUCAAGACCUCUUGUGCAAAGAACAUCAUUGGAGUUAUUCCUUACUUCCCCUACAGCAAGCAGUGCAAGAUGAGAAAAAGGGGCUCAAUAGUGUGCAAGUUGUUAGCUUCCAUGUUAGCCAAAGCAGGAUUAACACACAUCAUCACCAUGGACUUGCAUCAGAAGGAGAUCCAGGGCUUCUUCAGCUUUCCCGUGGACAACUUGCGUGCCUCCCCUUUUUUGAUUCAGUACAUUCAAGAAGAGAUCCCUGAUUACAGAAAUGCCAUCAUUGUGGCAAAGUCCCCUGCUGCAGCUAAAAGGGCUCAGUCCUAUGCAGAAAGACUGCGUCUCGGUCUGGCUGUGAUCCACGGCGAGGCUCAGUGUUCAGAGUCUGACAUGGCUGAUGGAAGACACUCCCCACCAUGUGUACGCAACACAACAGGACACACAGGCCUGGAGCUUCCUUCAGGCAAACAACAAGCUCCGUUCCCUGGCAUAGAACUUCCAAUAAUGAUGGCCAAAGAGAAACCUCCCAUUACUGUGGUUGGGGAUGUGGGAGGAAGGAUUGCCAUCAUCGUGGAUGACAUCAUAGAUGAUGUAGGAGACUUUGUCGCUGCUGCCGAGAUCCUGAAAGAGAGAGGAGCCUAUAAAAUUUAUAUUAUGGCCACACAUGGUUUACUUUCUGCUGACGCGCCACGUCUCAUAGAGGAAUCAGCCAUUGAUGAGGUUGUGGUGACCAACACAGUUCCCCAUGAAGUACAGAAGCUGCAGUGUCCAAAGAUCAAAACUGUGGAUGUCAGCAUGAUAUUAGCUGAGGCUAUCCGCAGGAUCCACAAUGGCGAGUCCAUGGCUUACUUGUUCCGCAACAUCACUGUGGAUGACUAGAGUGGCAUCAGAGGUUGUCAGUGAUAGAGAGCAAGUCAUAAUUUCCUGUGUUAUACAUGUUAAAAAAAAAAAAGCAAUGUAAGUCAUUUGAAGAGAUUCUAUAAAUUGCCCAAAGUUAUUUAUCUUCUUACCAGAAGUUAUUAAAAAAUAUUUCACUUGUUAAAAACUGAUACGUUUUCGGGCGUGUCGUGGAUAUUAUAAAAAACAAGACCUGUUUCAGUUUUUUAAGGCACGUCUCGCUGCUCUCAUUCAUUUCACUUGAACAAAAGAUGCUUUGCAUUGGUAUUAUUUUGUCAUACUCUAACAGUACCUCCUAUCUAGUGACUGAACUUAAUCUGCAAAGGAGAAGAGCUGGCAAGAAUUUGUUGGCUUUACUAACCAACACCUUGCCAGGUCUUGUGAUCAGGGCUGCUCAGGCACUGAUUUCUUUGCACUGAACGAGGCAUGUUUCAUCUAAUGAGUAAGAACAAGUAUACAAACUGUAGUUCUCAAAUGAUCAUUUUUAUGCAAAUUUUCUUUGCAUCUUCUGUGGAAAUAUUUGGGGAAAUAAAAAUGUUUUUGAAUGUCGUCACCACAGGUUAAAAUGUCACUCACUUUUGUUGUAUUGCACUCUCAGCAGGAAGUUAAGAGCGAAUGGCUUCAUACCACCGCUGCAAGCUGCUGUGGGCGAAAUGAGCCUUUAUCAUAUUCUCGCUUUAUUAAUCGACUGAAAUGCCGUUAACUAUUACCUGAUUGUGACAAUGCACUACAUAUGACAUAGCUAAAGGGAGGUGUGCACCACACUAUUGCCAACUGAUGCAGGGAGCUGCGAUGGUUUGGUUGAAUGCCUUUGAUGAAGGUGAAUAUUGUUCUCUGUGUAAUUAAAAGUACAGAUAAUUUGUGCUACCUACUUUAGAUGGCCUAUAUUGAAGCCUUGACUUGGAUAGACAGUUUUGCAACAUACUGACAUCUUUGUAAGGUGUCCCCUGUUUGUGCAUUUGUUUUGCCUUCUAAUUUUUAAGAUUUGCGACACAGCAGCACAGUUCUGAUGUUAGUCUCCAAGUGACUAUGGCCUCUGAGAAAACUUCAGAGUGAAGGUUGAGUGAAAAUGACUUUAUUUUCUAUGCUGUUUGAGCCUUUUGCUCAGGGAAAUAUACUUUAGAAGCCAAUGCACAAUUAUUUGCUCUUGUGUUUAUGAAGGUGUUUUACUGUUGUGUGCGCACACCCUAAUACUUCGAGAAUGUCUUCCAUACAGCAGUACUGUACACCUGUGCUCGUUUUAUCUUAUCAUUUAGGUUUGCUAUAGAUGCUGGAUGUUAUUUGAUAAGGUUGGGCACUCUUGUGCACAGAGUUGGGUAAAAAUGCCAUUACCAUGUCAGCUCAGAUUUCUGUCCACAGCGUGUUUCAGAAAUCCUCUGCAUUUACUGUUUCCCUGAACCCCUCCCCAUCCCAACCCCACCUUUCUGUCAGACUGUACUGUGUUUGUCACUGUUUGUGAAAUUAAAAAAAACAUUGCCUCUGG